AUGCAGAUGACGGAAUCACCGUUUUUGCCGCGUGAAAGGCUUUUUAAGCAGCAGCAGUAUUUCCAGAGCUUGAGCAAGCACACUCACCUGAAAGGGCGUUACGAUGCGAUCACCUCCGUUGGCAUCCCCCUCGCGCUCGCUGCAUCAAGCCUAUUCAUGAUUGGCCGUGGUGUCUACAACAUGUCUCACGGAAUCGGGAAAAAGGAGUGA